AUGAUACUGGCAGAGCUCUCACUCGCUCUUCUUUUGUUCCCACCGCCAACAAACCCUUUUUCGUAUAGUUUCUCAAAAUCAAAAGCAUUCCUUUUUGUGGUGAAAGUUUCAUCUAAAGAAGAAGCUUCAAGGAAUCAGUGCUGUGCUGUUUUUGGGACCGAAAUUCGGCCAACUGCGGAAUGUGGAAGAACAAUGUACAUAAUUCGCCAAAGAAUAGACCUGUUACUCAUGAGAAUGCAGAAAAAACAUGAAGCUUCAGGAUUCAAAGGGCAAACAAGUUACAAAAAUGUCAAAAGGAAGCAACUGCUUGAUGAAGAUUAUGUGACAAAAAUUGCUGAUUUUGGUGUUGCUGAAAUAUCUCAGACGGGUUUUAGCUUUUUUGCUGGUACACAUGGUUAUAUUUCUCGAGGCUCCACCACUUGGGUAGACCUUAGGUUAGCACCCCUCUUAAGUGCAAUGGAGGUCACUCUCCUAGGCCAUGGUCCUUCAUGA